AUGAAGGUCUUUAUGUGUAACCUUCCAUUGAUCACCUAUCUCGAACCAAGCUCAAGCGACAGGGAGGCAAGAGUUAUCGAAGAAUCCUAUUCUACUGAGCUUAGCAAGAUAUUACAAGUCUGCAAAAACGUAGAACGGCUGGAUGCGAUUCUGGAACCAGCUCCAUUGGACGAUAGAGGAGAUUUGAUGGGGUUAUAUCCCACCAGCAAAGUCUUGAAGCCGAUCUCAGCCUUGUGUGGAUUAACAUUUCUCAAGCUCCAGCCGUGUGAAGAAUAUCACUUUACAGAGCAAUUCUUGGUUAGUUUGAUCAAAGAUAUGCCUUACCUACGCACAUUCUGUUGCGAGAGUAUUCCGGCCGCAUACCCUUUCUGUGAUUUUUGCAAAUGUGAAAGAUCCACAGCGGCUUUCCCUUCUCCCCUCGGUGUACAUCUGGCAUCGCUUUCGUCACUCAGGUACCUUGAGCUCAAUUUCGCCGAUUGUUUUGACUCCAGCUGGUGCAAAAUUGCCUGGGAAGGUGCACUCAAGGGCAUCAAGCUUGGGAGUUGUGAUCGGGCAAGUUUUUGGGCUCUCUAUGACUUCUAUGUGCUCUUCAAAGAUAGUCUGGAGGACCUCUCGAUUAUCGAUAUGCCUUUCGAGAGUGGAUACGAAAAUAUCGAUCAGAUUCUCUCCGAAUCGUACUCCAAGAACUGCUUAUUCUCAUUACCCAGGCUCAGACGUCUCCUGAUUAGCAACUCGGCUCCCAUUGACUUCGUGGCAAUGUUCAGGGAGUGUCGGCACAUCCAACUCAUAUCCCUGAAGAAGAAUGAAGUCCUAUCCUUUCAAGACAUAAAAGGAUUGAUAGAUAGUGCGAUCUGGAAAGAGAUGAAACAAUUUACAGUGAAUGCGGAUAAGUAUGGCUUGAAUUCUGCAGAAAUCGUUGGAUUGUUAAAUUGUAACUCCAGCUCAAAGGCUGAUGUGUCCGUUGAAGUAAUUUACCAAGAUGAAUCAGAACAAGAUCUAUUGUGAAAUGGUCUGAAAGUAGAUUGCACCAAUUCUGAUUUGAACACCUGCAAAUCCACCUUUGAUUCGAAUUUUCACAUCAGCUAAACUGCAAAGAUCUUCUUUGAAAUGUUCCUUGACUGAAUUAU